AUGGCCGACUCCGAGGACGAGUUUAGGCCGCCCGCGGCGGGCGCGCCGAGGAGGAAGGCGGCCGCGCUCGCCGCCGAGGGAGUGCUGCGGCCGCCCGUCGGGGCCGAAGCCCAGGCCGAGGCGCCGCCGCCGGCCCUCGGGAGACGGGCCCGCGCGAGGGCCGCCCGCUCGCCGCCGCCGCUGCUGCUGCAGGACCCGGAGGAGGCGCGCCGGGACGAGGAGGCGCGCGCCGCGAUGCUGCUAGCCGAGGCGGCCCAGUUUCCACGGACCCCGCCGCUGUCGGCCAGCCGCCUGGCCGGGCCCGGAGGCGCGCGCGGGCGAUCCCUGUGGGAGCUGAGCGCUUCGGCCGAGCCUCGUGCCGCCCCGGGGAGCUGCUCUGCCGAGGGCUUCGCUCUCCCCGCCUCGCAGGCCGCCGCUCAGGGUUCUGCACUGAGCGCAUGUUUGUCACAUUCGGGGCAUGUCAGAUCACCACAGUUUGACCAUGUGAUCGCUGAGACUGAGCCUUUUCGAGACAGAGUCUGUGGAGAUCUUCUGGGCAGCUUGGGAGAGCCAAAGGAAAAGCUGGCUUGCAGCCAGAAUGAUGCUGCGGCACUUGAAGACCUCAUGGAACUGGCCAGUGAAGGGCUGACGCUCACGCAGUGGGGCCUGGAGGCUCAGCAGCUGCAGGGGGCAGAGCAAGAGUUGGUGCUGGGAAAAGCCCCGGAGAGCAGGCUUGUGCAGUGUCUUGAAAAAAGGCCGCCUCCUAGAAGCUGUCAUCAAGAAGUCCCGCUUGGUUUGUUAGCUGCUGCCUUCAGGGGAAUGGUCAACAACCCUCACCUGAGUGACGUCCAGUUCCAGGUGGACAGCGGGGAGCUGUUCUAUGCCCAUGCGUUUGUGCUGUACGCACGGUGCCCUCAGCUGCUGGAAAUGGUUGACAGCCAGGGUUUCACCGUGGCUGAAGAUGGGGGUGCAGCAACCUGCCGUGUGCUGCUGAGAGAGGCCCGGGCGGAAGCUGUGCAGGCGUUCUUGAAUUACCUCUAUGCCGCCGACCAUGCCAUUCCUCACUGUCUGUUGCCAGAUGUGGCUGCUCUGGCUGCCAGGUUUGGAGUAAGGGAGCUGGCUGCUUUGUGUCAUGGUCAGUCUGGUCUGGCGUUGACUGCAGGAGAAGAGGAGGAGGAAGAUACCACGGAAGAAAAGGACAGGGCAGAGACCUUUGAGGAACUCUUGCGGUCCAUGUGGCAGGAUGAGGAAGACGGCGCUUUGUCGAACGGCAUCCACCCAGACAAUGCAAACUCCACCAGGGAUCUUGUGAGCGAGCCUGAACUCGAGGAGAUCUAUGGGUUUGCUGUCACACAGCGCGCGGCCGUUCCAGGUGGGACAGGGCAGCGGCAAGGGGCGAGUCAGCCGGUGCCUGGAGAGUCCUGCCCAAGGACAGGCCUGGAGAAAGCCACACCAACGGGUUCCAGAAGGGAAUGCAAAGGAGGGAGAACCCGAGAUGCACCCGGUGAUGCCAGUGGUGAAGGAAUGCGGAGAAGGCUUCCUCUGGCAGCAUGGACAAACGCCAAGGAAGGGAGGUCUCUGGGAGCAGCUGCUAGAUUGUCCCCAGCAGAGGUCGUCCUUGGGCUGGCUGAGGUGUCUGAAAAGGAUGAUUGCCCGGCACUCCCGGAGAGUCUGGCUUCUGUGACGCUGGAGGGAUCCCCUGGGAGCCCUGGUGCCGGGGAGCGAAGGGCUGGCCCAGCCCUCCAAGACACUCCUACUGGACACCCUCCCAGCCCUCUUCAGGGCUCCCCAGAGGGCUCCCAGCGAGCACUGGGGAUGCUUUCCAGGAACCCGCACGCGCCUGUUCUGCCUCUGGGUAGCUCACCCCUGCUGUCCCCCCCCAGCCCCCCCUCCCACACCUGUUCUUUGCAUGCAUCUGCAUCACAGCUGCCAUCUACUGGGAGGCGCUCUUCUGUUGAGGCCAGUGAGCAGGAAGGGGCCGAGAGGAGUGAUGGGGUUCUGGGCAGCAGUGCAGAGAGGCCCCUCUAUCGGCCCCGUUCCUUGGGGCAUUUGGAGGCCAACCUCAUUGUGGUACUGGAUUCUGAUGAGGAGGUGGAGCCGAAGGAGGAGGUGUGCCCAGGCCUGGAUGGGCUGCGGCUGGGAGCCUGCAAGCGUCGGCGGGGCUCAGGGGUGGGUUGCUCAGGCAAGCAGGGUCUGUCUCCCCUCCCGCUCCAGGGAAUGGGGGCUCCUGGGCUCGCAGUGCCCGUUGGGGAUGAGGCUGGCAGUCCUCAGGCCCAAAGCUCAGGACUCUGGGGGUGGAGCAGCAGCCCAGAGGAAGACACCUGCAGCAAAGGAGGAAUGCUGCUGGUGCCGGACACCCCGCCACUAAGCAGGGAGCGGGCAGUGCCCAGCUCGAGGCCUCAGUCCAAGGCACAGUGGCUGCGCUUUCUCCAGGAGAGGCCCCCUGCACAGAGCUCGCCCCCCCUGCGCAACCGGCCCUUUCCACCACGCUCGGCCACCCGCUGGCCUGGCUGCAGCCCGUCUUGGCCACCCCCUGAGGUGGUGGUGCUGGAUGACAGCGAAGAGGAGCAGGAAGCAGCCCUGCCUUGCCCGGCGGGCACCGCCGUGUCAGGGGCAGGCCUGCCCAGCUGGGAGGAGGUUGUUGGCGGCUUUUUGCCCUUUGUGGAACUGGCGGGGGCCAGAAGCUCAUUGGGUGGUGCUCUGCAAAUGAGUAGACGGAAGACAGAAGGACAUCCUUGGGUGGUGGGCCCGGCUGCGGCCGGCGGGGCAGCCAGCUCCGGCUCUGGGGUGGCCACUUCCGUGGAGCGCACGCCCUGUCAGCAGGAGUGGGCUGAGGACUUGAACAGCAGCCAGGCUGCACGCCCUGCCGCUCGGAAGCUGCCUGCUUUGGAGCCUGCCGGUGAGGCGGCAUGUGAUCUUGCCUGCUGGACUCCUCUGACACCCUCUUACUCCAUUAUGGAGACCCCCAAGUUGAAGAAGGAGCUGAGGAGGUUUGGAGUCCGGCCACUCCCAAAGCGGCAGAUGGUAUUAAAGCUGAAGGAAAUAUUUCGCUAUACUCACUCAAAGGUGGGAGCUGAUUGCACGGCCCAGGCAGUGUCUCCCCAGCCUCCUCGAUCCCACAACCCAUCGACAACUGAGUCCAGGACAGAGGCUUCCAGCACCCAUCAGAAGCAGUUACCAAGAUUUCAGCAAAUGUUUCCAGGGAGCAACUCGGAUCCUUCUGGAGGAGGAGGUGAUCAGAGGUCUGGGCACGUGGUGGAACCAUCAGGGGCUGGAUCUGGGCAGCCAAAGAGCCCAGAUUUGCCUGCAGCUGCAUUUGCUGUCAGAGACAGCUGCCGCCUGUCCCCCAUGGCUUCUCAGGAGUCUACUGGGUCCUCAGUCACCGACAGUGAAGCUUCUGUAACAUCACAGAGUUCUUCAUCCACUGGCUUUGAGAGCAGCUCUCUGGUGCUGGCAGAGCAGGAGCAUCUCCCUGUCUCUCAGGCUGCGGCUUGUGAGACACUGAAGCUGGCUGCCUUGCAGUGCUAUCUGCGUUCCAAGCCAGCUUUCCUCCGCCAAAUCUUGAUGUACCAGCCCAUUGAACUGGCUGUGCUGCAGGCAGAACUGAAGCAAAACGGCAUCGGGAUUGCACUGGGCAAGUUGCUGGACUUCCUCGAUGCGCUUUGCAUUACCUUUACUACGGCAGAAGCCCGCCGAGAGAAGCAACACCGUCAUGGGACCAAGAGAAAAGGGCGGCAGCGGUGCUGAGCCUUUUCUACAGGGUUGUGUUUUCUUCUUCAUUUGACCAUGCAGCUGCUUGUCUUUUUUAUCUUUUUUGCUUUGGUUAAGAUCACAUGUCUCAUGGGAGAAUAUAUGGUGAAGUCAUGGUCAGGGAGUAUAUGGUUAUGACUCUUGCCCUCAUCAAUUUCUCUGUGGGAGUGGAGCUUUUGAGUUCUAAUCCUUCUGAGCUGAGCUUUAUUGUGGGAGGAAACCCCCUUUUCCUUGGUCAGGAGCAGCUGGAUCACAAGGGGCAGAGCCCUCUGGAUUCCUUCGGUUUGUGUGCAAAGUGUAGCUGUAUUACCUUGUUUUCCAAGGCCCAGCCUUUCUCUGUCUCCAUAUAGUUCUUUCAUGCUAGUUUUAUACCGGUGAGUUUGACAGCUGACUCUACAAUAAACAUGCUUUCAAGGUUGAUGUGGGGGUUCAAAGUUUGUGCUGAGGUAGCCAGAAACCAACAGCUCCUUUAGGUUUCAGGGCAGAAACUAACACAGCCAGUCUUCAUGAGAGAUGGAGAUGCAUACAAGAACUCGUGUUCUAUCUGCUCUUGAAGUAUACUCUGAGAAAUGAGCACAUCUACAAUUCUGCUCUUCCAUAGCCAUCCACUGGGAGUUUUCCCGGUGAGAACAAUUGUGCCUUGCUUAGCCCAACUCCAUUUGACUGCUUUUCCCUUUCGUUCAUGAAUAAGCAAUUUAUUUCUGUGCAUGCCUAUUUAAGAGCAGGAAGUAGCCUGGAUUUAAAGAGAUUUCUGUAAUUUAAAUAGCUAGGCAUAGCAAGCAAGUUUGCAAGUAAGAGUAUACAGCACAAGCAUCUAUUUAAUUGCCUGAAACUAAAUUCUAAAUGUCUGAGAACCAAAACACAAGUGGGAAUGGUAUAUAUAGCCAUUUUUUCUUUCCUUCCUUCCAUUGUGCAGUUGCUUGGCCUAUUCCAUCCUGUCCAGUUUGGUGAAGUUGUAUGAUCCAAUGGCCAUUUCAGAGUUCUUUUCUUUGCACUCCAUUGUAGACUUGAGAUCACAUCCAGAAAGGAGAACUAGCAGCUUUCUAAUGCAAGAUCCAGUGCCUUCGGAUAGCCCUGCUUUCCGUCAGUGACUUGUCUGAGCCCUCUCUAUCAGUAGCGGCCUGUACGCGGUGGUUCACAUUUGGCUGCGGUGGCAAGACAGCUGUGCUGCUGCAGGUUGGUCAGUGCUACGUCAGACUCCCCUUUUUGCAGCCACGCACAAGCCCAGCUGGAUGCUUUGGAGCUGGGACAGGUAUUUUGUAUACACAACCUGCUUGGCAACAGGGCAGCCAGCUGCUCCAAGACUAUCUUGACUGCCCUGCCUCCACGCCUUUAGUCACCCAAUUGAGAAGGGAAGGCAGUGGGAAGAAUUUGGACAUACUCACCAAGUUCUACUCUAAUACUAAGCUACUGGAACCAUUCAAGCAUUUUUACCAGCUUUAUGAGAACUACCAAUAGCUUUCAAGUUUCUUCUUGAUUGCAAAUGAGUUUUUUGUUUUCCUUCUAAGAAUGCAAUGUGACACAGCAAUGGAGCUGUCCAUCCUUUUCUUUUAGAUAUUUCUUUAUAUCCACUGAACAAAGCCCAGACCGGACAUCUUGCAUGCCGAGGAUGACUGUAAGGAAGAGGACCCAAAGCAGUCAGUCAGAUGUGAGAUGUUGAAGCACUGAACAACUGCAACUUGGCAUUUGAGAGAGGUUACGCUACUCUUUCCAGAGUUUGGAGAAACGUGUUUCCACUCCCCCCACAUUACUCUGCAGCAAAACCAUUAAUGAAAGCGCUUUCCCCGAAACAAGUCAGAUGCUCCAUGCAGCAACAGCAGCCAGUUUGUUUGGAGUGGAGAAAUCCUCACCAUCUCAUUUUCUUUCAAAUAAAAUUGUAAUUUGGUUUUCAGAACAGAA